AUGAUUGAAGAAGAACUUGAGGAACCGUGGUUCCAGGAUAUCAAAGAAUAUAUUCAGACUGGAAAAUAUCCUGUACAUGCUGAUGGUAACCAAAAGAGAACCAUUCGACAUUUGUCUAGUGGAUUUUUCCUAAGUGGAGAAAUCUUGUAUAAGAGAACUCCUGAUUUGAGACUUUUGAGGAGUGUAGAUGCUAAAGAAGCUUCAAAAAUCAUGACUAAAGUACAUUCUGAGAUUUGUGGACCACAUAUGAGUGGGUAUGUUAUGGAAAAGAAAAUACUCCGAGCAGGUUAUUAUUGCCUCACCAUGGAGCGAGAUUCCAUCAAUUUCAUUCUUAAAUAUCAUGAAUGCCAGGUACACAGAGACUUGAUACAUUCCCCUCCAUCUGAGUUGCAUACAAUGACUGCUCCAUGGCCUUUUGUGGCUUGGGAAAUGGAUGUAAUUGGACCAAUUGAACCAAAGGCCUCGAAUGGACAUAAGUUCAUCUUGAUAAUUGUCACGAAUAAUGCUGCGAACCUCAAUAGUCAUUUAAUGCAAGAAGUAUGUCAGCAAUUUAAUAUUAUGCAUCGGAAUUCAACUCCUUAUUGCCCUAAGGCAAAUGGAGCUGUCGAAGCUGCCAACAAGAACUUAAAGAAAAUACCCCGAAAGAUGGUGCAAGGUUCCCGACAAUGGCAUGAAAAGUUACCAUUUGCUUUGUUGGGUUAUCAUAAUACAGUUCGGACUUCAAUUGGUGCAACUCCUUACUUGUUAGUGUAUGGAAAUAAAGUAGUUAUACCUCCAGAGAUUGAGAUUCCAUCUCUUCGAGUAGUUGUGGAAGCUGAAAUUGAUGAUGACCAAUG